GUCAGUGCAAACAACGGGGUCCAAAGAGACACAACCAGGAGCCAUAAUGGACCUGCUGCACAGUGCUGGGGUGCAGGUGGUGCAGUACCUGCAGGAGAACUACCAGGGCUUCCAGGACUGGUUCCUCUUCAUCUCCUUCGCUGCCGACCUUAAAACCACAUUCUUCAUCUUCUUCCCCAUCUGGUUCCACCUCUGCGAGGCCGUGGGCGUCAAGCUGAUCUGGGUGGCCGUGAUCGGGGACUGGCUCAACCUGGUCUUUAAGUGGAUCCUCUUUGGGCAGAGACCCUACUGGUGGGUCCAUGAGACCGGUUACUAUGGCAACGCCUCCACCCCUGUGAUCCAGCAGUUCCCCCUCACCUGUGAGACCGGCCCAGGAAGCCCCUCAGGCCAUGCCAUGGGUUCUGCUGGAGUCUACUACGUCAUGGUGACGGCCCUGCUGCCCUGCGUCCAGGGCACCCAGCACAGAUCCCGUGCAGCCAGGUGCCUCCGCGGCCUCCUGUGGCUUGCGUUCUGGGCCGUGCAAGUCUGCGUCUGCUUGUCCCGAGUCUUCCUAGCUGCUCACUUCCCCCAUCAGGUGAUCGCAGGGGUCAUCUCAGGGAUGGUAGUAGCAGAGGCGUUUGACCACAUCCACUCCAUCUACAACGCCAGUCUCCGGCGGUACCUGGGCACCACCCUCUUCCUGUUCAGCUUCGCCCUGGGGUUCUACCUGCUGCUGAAGGCUCUCGGUGUUGACCUGCUGUGGACCAUGGAGAAAGCCAAGAGGUGGUGUGACCGGCCGGAGUGGGUCCACAUUGAAACCACCCCCUUCGCCGGCCUCCUCAGAAACCUGGGCAUCCUGUUUGGGCUGGGGCUGGCCCUCAACUCCCAGAUGUACCUGGAGAGCUGCAAAGGGAAGAUGGGCCAGCAGCUGCCCUUCCGCCUGAGCUGUAUCGCGGCCUCGCUUCUCGUCCUGCACCUCUUCGACUCCUUCGACCUCCCCACAGACAGAGAGCUACUGUUCUAUGUCCUGUCCUUCUGCAAGAGCGCCGCUGCCCACCUAUGUGCGGUGGCACUCAUCCCCUACUGCAUUGCCCAGGUGCUCAGGAGGGGUGACAAGAAGAUCCUUUAGCUGACCUGCAAACUUGCGUCAUAGCUGCCAAGCCAGGCUGCUCUUCGGGGCAGGGGAAUGUGCUCUGCAGGGCUCCCCCUUCCCUUUCCCACUGCAGUAACAGGUCUCCACGGACCUCACAGCUCUGGGUUACGUGAUCGGCUCAGUGCCGUGAAGUGGAAGGGGAAGUUCACUGUCUCCUGUGUGGGAAAGGAAGUGAGUGACUAUCACACACCUCAGUGCUGCACAGGGUGAAAUGUAAUGGGGUCCUCGUUCGGCCACAGCCCCUGGCCCAGCCCACGGUAACCUCUGCUCUAGGCAGUGUGAGUAGAUAACGGGGCGGUCAGGAACGCUGUCCCAGCCGAGGGCAUAGCCACAGCUGAGGGGGAGGUGUCCCACACAGAAUUCGGCUCUCGGCCACCUUGUCAGCCUCUUACACUACAACGUACCAAACGCUCUCCAGAGCGGGGAACAGUCGGCACCUACCCAUCUUAUGGCUCAGUCCCCUCUGGGCUAAUGCGUUUGGCUAUGGACACACUGAACAGCGGUGCUGUCAAUCAACUCGGCCCCAGCAGAGCAGGGAUGGCGUGUCCAUGGGCUCCCAGCCCGGGAAAGCUGUGCUGAGGUUGCAAGGAGUGCCAUAGGCGUGGGUGUGUCUGUGCGUUACCAGGCUGUUACAGCUGGGCGGCACCCAUGGGCCCCAGGCCGAGGGACAGGCGCUAGCUGUGAAAUGCCUUUGGCAAUAAAAUUAGUAAAUUCCACUCAGCCUUUCCCACCCUCAGGCCAUCUUACUGAUGGGGCAACCUCUGCUCAUUGCCCCCGUGGGCCCUCCAGAGAUACAGGGACCCAGAGCUCUCCAAGAGAGCGUCACACAAAGGGCCAGACCGAUGGUCCAUCUAGCCCCGUGUCCUGUCUCUGACUGGGCCGGGGCCGGAUGCUGCGGUGGAAUGAACAGACCAGGGCAGUUAUCCAGUCCCUGGCUGGCUGAGGGGAGCAUUCUAGAACAGUGGUUCUCAACCAGGGGCACACAUAUCCUGGGGGUACACAGAGCUCUUCCGGGGGAACAUCAACUCAUCUAGAGAUCUGCCUAAUUUUACAACAGGCUAUAUAACAAGCACUAGCAAAUUCAGUACACACUAAAAUUUCCUACAAUGACUUAUUUAUACUGCUCUAUAGACUAUACACUGACAUGUACGUACACUCUUCAUAUUCCACUUGAUUUAUUAUAUAAUUAUAUGGUAAACAUGAGGAAGUCAGCCAUUGUUCAGUACUCGUGUGCUGGGACACUUUUGUAUUUUGAUGUCUGAUUUUGUAAGCAAGUCGUUUUUAAAUGAGGUGGAACUUUGGGGUACACCAGACAAAUCAGACUCCUGGAAGGGGUACAGGGCUCUGGAAAGGUUGAGAACCACUGGUCUAGAAGGCAGGAAGUGAGGGGCAGCAGCAGGGCCAUGGCUGUGGGAGGAGCAGCCUCAGGCCCCUACUCUGCACUCGGGAGUUCUGUCUGUUGGCGUAGCUGCACCAACACAGAGCCCUGCUGUAGGGGGUUGUCGCAGUGUGUGCCCCGGCCCGGCUUUCCCCGUUCCAGGCAUCCUCCUAGUGACUGACACCAAGCAUGAACAAGGCCAAAGUUCAGCUUCUCCGCUUGCAGAGCUCAGGUUUCCAUUUCAGGCCCAGAGCAAUGGUGAUCUGUCUCCCGCUUCCUACCAUGGGCCCAAUACAGCGCACCUGGUGUCCUACCGAUCGCUCUGUGCAGGGGCAGGGCCUUGACCGGGGAGAGCGAGAAACCACUCCAUUCUGGCCACGCUCCCUGGCACGGGGAAGAUCUCUGCGCCCGUGGCUCAGAUCAGGAGUCAGGGCCGAUGCCUGGAAUUAGCUAUGUGUUCAGUGGCAGGGGAAGUUCCAGCAGCAAGAUAUGUAUGGGGUGGGGAGGCUGACUUAAGGGCAUUUGGGUUUGAAAGCUGAAUGUCCAUUCCAGGAGUUGCUCGCCUGCAUGCAGUGUGGCCAAAUAGCCUGGGUAUUUGACCACGCUGACAGAUCCCAUAGAUCUUGGUUCUCAUUAGCUUUAUGCUCACACAAGGCUUCAGGCUUCCAUCACCUCCCUCUCUCCAGCCCCAUCACCACAGACCAAGCAUAGGACAAAAACCCCAUACUGGGGGGGACAGGGACACAAAUCCGUGCAGGAAAUCGGAAUUGGCGCAGGAUUCAGCCUCAUGCAUGAACAGCCUCAGAGUGGCUCCUGACCUGUUAUCAGUAACUUUCACUAAUCAGAGCGAGGUGCGUAGAGCGUGCACAGAACAGCAAGAACAGGAGGGAGCACCGCUCAUUUCCUGCCCACAAGCGAGGGAUGCUGGAGAGCUGUGAGCCCCCACCACUCCCCUAGGAGGAGUUGGGUAUCUCAGACAUGAGAUUCCAGCUGCAAUUUUCCUAAGUGUGUUAGAAACCCAGAUCCCACUCACUGCCAGGCCCAGCCCUAAUUCUUGCUACCUCUGCUGUGCAAUGCAGUGAGUAAUCCCAGCCUUCAGAAUUGUAACAAACCCACCUGGCUGGUUUGCUAGCAGCGCCGAUGUCACACAACAGGCUGAAAUUUGGUCUCUGCUGAGACGUUACCUGCAUUGCUGUGACCAGGAAUUAGAAAUGUAGGCUGCUGUUGGAGAGACAGCGUCACUGCAGGCGCAUAAAUAAAGAUGAAACUCACGGCCAGCAGGAGGGAUGCAGACUCCUUCUGUGCAGAGAUGUCCCCAAGACCUAGCUGCCAGAUUAACACUCCAAAUGCCGGUAUUCUCCAAUCUGCCUGCCAGCUGAACAGAUCCUUAGACUACAUGUAUCUGAAGUGAGCAAAGGGUUACAUGUCCUUUGUGAAUCCAAGGGAUCACCGAGCGGCUAGUGACCACCCUGGCAGAAGCACGAGCGCCUGCAAUCCCUGUUUGUCUGUAUGGUGCAAGAUGUUGCUUCAUCGUUUCAAGGUAAUGCCAGGCCACAUUUUGACAAACACUUGCGUCAGGUUUGUAACUGGGUCAGCGCCAGAUUGGCAGAGGUGGCUGCUGAGUUCAGAGGUCAGUGAUAGCAUGUGCAGCCAGGCCGGACCCCACGCUGUGCGUUAACCAGCACAGUCCAGCAGCACCAGCAUAAAAGGUUAAACCCUCCAGCACCUGCAGUGGCUUCAGAGCAUCAGCAAAGAAUGGAGGCCGGUAUGAAUGUCCUGCACGAGGCAGGGAUCCAGGCGAUCGCUUCCUCCAGAACUCCCAGGACUGGUUCCUCUUGACUGCCAAUAUCAGCCUUCUUCACCCACUUCCCCAUCUGGUCCCAGCUCUGCGAGGCAGGGUGACAGAGACCAGCGUGAGCCAGUCUCACCUUUGAUUCCUGCCAUAACAUUGCAUCCCCCUCACCCUCAGAGGUUUCCUGUUGCCCUGGUUAAAGUGAAAACUGCUUGGCCAACAUGAAUGAUGAUGCAACAUCCUACAUCUAUCACUCGGGCUCCUGCAGGCGUGUCCCUCCUCUGGAGGGCAGCGCACACAGGAUCCUGACUAGGGACUCCUGUGAGCUACCUCGGCGUUUUUCUCUGUAAUGGUUAGCAAUUGUCAGAGCCCAGGCCCCUACUGGGAUUAACCUCCCUCUUCCCAUAUUCUGCCCCAAGUACAGGUAAAGGGGUGUUUGUACUGGUCACAGUAACCCGGAAUAAACCCGCUCACGCUGCA